AUGACGAAUUCUUCAAGCAUCUACUAUGUUGUAUCUGCUUGGGAUAAGUUUCGGCAAUCCAAGCCUACGGUAGGUUGGUCUAAGCCUGUUUGGUAUAAUCAAAAUAUUCCCAAGAUGAGCUUCAUUCUUUGGUUGAGUUCCAUUGCCACCUCUUCUUUGAGUGUCCCUUUACCCAUGGUAUUUGAUCUUCGGUGCUAUUCAAGUGCAGUGUCCUUGGCUCUUUUUGUCAUGUGGGCUACUAGCCGUUGCAAGGGAAAAUCUCUAUCGUCAAUAGUUUUGAAGUUAGAUCUUCCUGCUACUGUGUAUUAUGUUUGGAGGGAGCGGAACAACCGUAGAUUCAAGAAUUCAAGUCAACCUGCUGCGAUGGUUCUCAACUCAAUUAAAUCCACCAUUAGACUUCGAUUAAGUUCUUUGAAAAUCGCCCAUUCUGCUGCUAAUGACUCUACUUUGCGGGAAUGGAAUAUGAUUAUGAAUAGUUAG